AGUUGUGAACAUUUUUCCUCUCGGAGUGUCGGGGAGCUACCGGUAUCACAUUUUGGACUCAAGUUUUAGACUCAAGUUCUCGUCGAGGAAGUUUGCGGAGAGCAAGCAACGCUGCUGCGUCUACACAUGCAGCCCUACAGGGUUGAAUCGAAUAACAAUCGAAUAACAAAGGAUAGCACUUCAUCAUGGUGAUCAAGAAAGAAACCAAAGAAGACGUAUUUGCGAACUUUCGUCACCUUGACGACAACGCCGUGCCGGACAACGAGGAAACGCUGAACCGAGUGGUGGAAAACGCGAUGCUCCUCCAUGGAAAUGUGAGCGCAGCUCCCGCUGCAAAUGGAACGAAUCGUUCCUCCAAGAUUUUCGAUGACGGCGUCUUUGCCGAAUUCAAGCUGAAGCUAGAACAGGAGACAGAGGGGAAAAUUGAACGGCAGCGACAGCUACGAGACGAAGAGCGACGAAGAAAGAUCAGUAAAGAAAAGUCGUUGCGAAACAGGAUCUGGAAAUCAGUGCGCUUUGCUAUUGAUAGUGAUAGUUAUAGCAACAGUGAUAGCGAUAGCGACGAGAGCAUCAUCCACGGCAGGCCACAACAACAUGACCAUCAUAAUCACCGCCGCCACCAUCCCAAUACGAACAGUAGUCGUCGUAGCUGGCGCACCAGCCGUCGUUCUCAACGCUUCGACGUCCACCAUGGGUAUCACGAACACAAUAAUACACGACACGAGCAUCCAGAAACCAAUGGCACGAUUGGCAAUAAGAAACAUAGUUUUAGGAAACGAAGCGAGAAAAGAAAACAUUUGUCGAUUCAGAAAGAGGACAGCUACAACAGUGACUAUGAUCUAGAACGGGGCGGGGACGAGGCUUUCAGCUACGAAAAAAAUUAUUUUUCUAACGACGAGAACGAGGAUAGUGAUGAUUCCAGUGAUAACGACGACGAUAAUGAUAGUGCAAUUGAUAAAGAAGAAUACGAUUCUGUAAUCACGAGAUCUAAAACAGGCAUGCCAAUUGGUGGCAUGUCAAUACGAUCAACGCGACGAACCAACAAUAGCGAUGACGAUGACGAUAACAACACGGAACGCGACGAAAAGUACCACUGGGUCUCACCACAUUCUUCGGACCUUGUCUUUUCGGAGUUCGAUCUUGAUGCGAUUGUAAAGGACUACGAAAAACUCCAGCGAAAUCUCGACUUUGGAAUCAACGACAAACAAAGCGAACUCUGUCGCUAUCGCGAUCAUCGUGUGGACGAAGAUGAUGAGGGCGACGAAAACGAGCUCAAAAUAACUGCCCACUACCGGAACCUUCGCAACUUAUGGGUGGAAUAUUUUCCACGGACCAACGCAAUCCUUUUCAAGGUAUUCGUUCCGCUGAUGUUCAUCGUAUUUUUUUCCAUUUUUCUAGGAGAUUUUUUGGGCAAGUUCGAGAUGAAGAACGAAAUUGAACAGAACAACCAGAUUAUGCGUGACAAACACGAACUUGAAAAAUACCCUUACGAGGAGACACUCUAUUUCAUGUUUGGCUUGCCGAUUCUCUGUUUUGACUAUUACCUGGAGAAAGAAGGGACGGAGGAGAUCAAACAUGAUAGUAACUACAACUGGACCGCGAUCGUCGAAGACACCUCCGCAAAAGAGUUCACAAAUGAAACCGACGCGUUUUCUCUGUCGUUCAAUUCCUCCAUGUUGAACUUAUCGGAACUGCUGGGCUAUGAACUUCCACCCAUCUAUACCAAAGAAUCCUAUAACGCGACUUAUGACGGAGAUAGCAACAUGGAAUUGACCCUCGGAGAAAUAAAAACCUACAUGGCGAUGUGUGAGGAGGCCGGGGCAGACAUUGUUUCUAGAUUUAUCGACUUCAGUGCCCGGCGGAUGGUCAUGGAAGCCGUCGGAACCAUGUCCUUCCACUGGAUGCGCUGCUGGAACACGACUGAAUUGGGAGAUGUCAACCCGUUUCGACCGAACAAGGAUCAGCUCCAGGCUACCACGCAACAGGAUGAAUUUUAUGACAAAAACUGGCGGGAAAACCAGAAGUUUCUGUACGAACAAUACCUCUCCGAAGCAAACUGCUCGGAUAUUGCUUGCCGAAAUGCCGCCCUCAGGCAAUCUGUUGAGAACGCAAACGGAUCGGAGAUGUGCGAUAUUAACAAAGGAGCUUCGGCCUGGUUCUGGUUUGUCUUCAUGACGACUGUCGGCUACGGGAACCAAUCACCUGAAACUACGCACGGACGUCUGUUGGUAGGAUGCCUGGGUUGGAUCAUCAUCAUCAUCUGGGCGGUUGUUCUGUACGUGGCAGGAAAAAUUCUUGGAAUCGUCAUCGACGAUGUGUUUCGAAAGUGCAACUGCCGGAUCAUGACGGGUGACAUCCCGAGCGUCAUUGUGUGGGGUGCCGUGUCGGGAUUGUGGAUCGUCGCAGUCGGGGAGAUAUAUAGGUACUGGUUGAACUAUACCGAGGACCCCCACCAUUACGAUUGGGCCAUGUUUGUACAGAACGAUGCGGGCGAUAUUUCCACCGGUGAUGCAUAUUGGUUUUCCUAUAUUUCACUCUUGACAGUGGGUAAGUGAAGCAUUGUCCUUCGGCAGCGUGUCGGCUAUAUUUCUUGAUGCUGUUGCUUUUUGAUUGAGUUAUGAUACUCUAUUGCAGUGAUGUGCCGUAUAGUGUAGCUUCAUGGGUUACAAGAGAAAUGUUGUGUCGCAUUCGAUUUUAUUCACAGAAAUAUUCUUCUUGUCAACAUGGGUAUCUGAUACAUGAUCAAAUAGGACUCGGAGAUUUCUACCUCGACUCAGAGGGAUUCUUCUACUACGAUUUGAUGAUGUGGACGGGAUGCUUCCUCGCCGGCUUCACUUUUUUGUCUACCUUUUUGGGGCAAGUUGCAGAUGUGAUCACUAACGUGUUUCCUGACAACGGAGAUUCCUUGAAGGAACAGUUAAUGAAUACGAAUCUUGUAAAGAGGAAGGAUGUUCAAUUUAAGAAAGAAAACGAAAAGGGAAUCGAAAAGCUCGAAAAACUAGUGGAGGUUAUGGACGACGACGACAAGGAGCUGGUCGCCCAGCGGGUUACUCGUAUACGAGUCAAGAAAAACCUGCUGAUCCAUCUCCUUUACCAGACGAAGAGUGAGAUAGAAUACUAUAGAAAGCGCGGCGAACGUUAUGAAAAUCUAUCGUACUCGAAGGUCUGCCAGGAAGAAAACAUGCUCAACGAGGUCCUCUCCAACACCGUGAAAGAGCGUGAAAAACUCGAAACCUAUCGACGCACCGAGGUAUGUUCUGCACCUCCUCCUGGCUCAGCUCGUGCAAGGUCGUAUUUUGAGGACGGAACGCGAGUUGACGGUGUGGGGGAAAAACUUCACCUGCGGUCUGGAAAGAAAAGCGUCAAGAAACGGAUCAAGGCAUCUACCUACCUAUGAGUUCGUCUAAGAGCUAAUUUUUUGGAAAAAAACAAGUGUAGAAUAAAACGCGAACCAACCU